AUGCAAAAGAGAAUUGGAAUCCGGACACAUCUUGAAACCAUGGCGAUUCAAUUAUAUAGUAUUGACCCCUUUUUGUUGGGUAAAUCUAUGCCAUACAUGGAGUGUCUGGGAUAUCUGACACCCACUUCAUUCCAAGCAACGGACACCGAGGUGUCUGGUCUCAUGCGGGUCACAGCGCUGAAAGUGAGCCUGGGCCACUAUGCCAACCGCGGGUUCUCCGAUGCCCGGGGGGGCGAUGCUUUGGGCGUGGGACGCCGCUCCAUCCUGCAGGUCCGCGAUCGUCGGGCCUUCAGGGGGCUCUCUUCGGACGAGUACCUCCAAGCGGUGGCGGAUCACUAUUGCCCGCUGCCCACGCGCUGGCGCCAGGUCUGGCACCAGACCCGCGGCACCGCUCUCUACCUUUGGCGGCCGUGCCCGCCGAGCGAUGCCUUCGUCGCGCUGGGCAUGGUGGCCACCUUGAGCUCCGAGCCGCCGCCGCUCAGCGCCGCCCGCUGCGUCUGCAAGAGCUUCUGUCGCCCGAGCACGGAGGUGCCGCUGCAACUCUGGGACGACAGUGGAAGCGGUGGGAAGCCCGCGUCCUUUUGGCUCGUGAACUCGGCGCAGGUCUUAUGGGCUUCGGUGGGCCACAACCCACCCCACGAGACCUUCUGGGAGUUGGCUGCCGAGAGCAUCACCUUCGACUACUUGGGUCGUCCCUCGCUGCACGUCGUUCACGAUCUGCAGCCGCCCGGCACGCCACGAAACACUGAAGUGGAAGUGGAGACAUCCUCCUGGUCUUUGACGAAUCUCUUUUCCUCGACCAAUCGUCGUAAAUCCUGA